CUAAGUCUUUCAAUUUAAAGGGGAAAAUGAAAUUGAAAAAAGGAGUAUUUUUCCACAAUUUGGAUUUUGACACGAAUCAUUGCCUUUUCUCACUAAGUAAUACUAGAGUAAUAUAUGAAUAUUUCUGUCUUCUGGACGUUCAUCUCAAACGCUCUUUAAAUGACGUCCAGUUCUUCUGCUUCAUGAGGCAUGUGACAGACCUGAAAAAGACAAAAAUAAUGCUGACGUUUGACAUGCUGGAUUCUGAUGGGGAUGGAGAAAUACGCUUUGAUGAGUUUUAUAUACUAGCCUGCAUUCUCCUCAGUAGUAAGCACCAUGUGGGAAAUAGGUUCCUCCAUAGGCAUCCCCAUUCUGCAUUUAAUCUGCUGGAUGUGGACUGCAGUAGAACCAUCAUCCUAAACGAAUUCAAAUCUUUAGGUUUCCUUUUCAACCUGAAGAGUAACCAGAUCGAAAAACUCUUCAGUGAUUUUGACACCACUCAUGAUGAGCGCCUGAAUUACAAGGAGUUCCAGAUGUUCACCAAAAUGUACAACCUCAGCCAAGAAAAAGAGUAAAAUCUUGCAGAGGAUGAUGCUCACAUUUCAUGACAAUUGCUGAUUUUGUCAUGCUUAAAAACAUGCCUUAAAACGCAUCUCUGU